GCAGUGUAUUACUUUUCUUUAAGCAGUGAGCGCAGCAGGCAAACUGCUAGAAAUAAAACAAGUUUUAUUCAAAAUUAACUUAAUGUUGGGCAGUUGAUAUAUAGUACUGUGAAAAAUAAAUUAUUUGAAAAGACUGGACUAAACACAAAAUGUUUUCUACAAGCUCUCAAAAGAAAUUUUGGACUUUUGGUGACGAAAAUGAAUUGGUAUGCCUCCGUGAGAAACACAACUUACAGUUUAUUUUGAAACACGGCGCCCACAUUGAUGAGUACCAGCGAUAUAACUUCUUUUUGACACCUGACGAAGAAAGGCUCCUGCUUAAGCAAUAUGAGCUGCAUUUAAAAGAGUUCUGCAAGAGGUUUAGCCCGCCUAUGCCCAAAGGAGUAGUUGGUACAGCUUUUCAUUAUUUUAAAAGAUUUUAUCUAUACAAUUCAUCCAUGGAUUAUCACCCUAAGGAAAUUUUGGCAACAUGCGUGUAUUUAGCCUGUAAAGUAGAAGAAUUUAAUGUAUCCAUAGGUCAGUUUGUAGCGAACAUAAAGGGAGACAGAGAGAAAGCCUCUGAUAUAAUUUUAAACAAUGAACUUUUGUUAAUGCAGCAGUUAAACUAUCAUUUGACAAUUCAUAAUCCAUUCAGACCAGUAGAAGGCUUCCUCAUUGACAUAAAGACUAGGUGUUCGCUUGCUAACCCUGAGCGCUUAAGAAGUGGUAUUGACGAGUUUCUGGAGAAAGUAUUUUUGACUGAUGCUUGCCUACUCUAUGCUCCAUCUCAGAUUGCCCUAGCUGCAGUUUUACAUGCAGCAAGUAAAGAACAAGAGAAUUUGGAUAGCUAUGUAACAGAUAUGUUGUUUAGAGACGCUGGACCUGACAAACUUGCUGUUUUGAUAGAAGCUGUACGCAAAAUACGCUCAUUAGUCAAGAUGGUUGAAAGUCCAGCUAGAGAGAAGGUCCGUCUAAUAGAAAAGAAGCUUGAUAGGUGUAGAAAUCAAGAGAAUAAUCCUGAUAGCGAAAUAUACAAGAGACGCAUGAGAGAAGCUUUAGAUGAGGAUGACCUGCCAUACUCUGCGUCUAACAGAAUGUCUCUUGAUACAAGUGGAGUCAGUCAAGUUUCAAUAUCUUAAUUAUGACUAAGAAAGUUUGACAUUAUAUAAGUUAAAAAAUGAAAUUUUGAUGUUUUUGUAUUUGCCUUUUUACCCCUUUAAAGAUAAGACAUUUAAGGUCUAUACAGGGUGGUCCAAUACCUUAUGUA